GCUGCAUCACAACAAAGAGAUCUCUUCAAAUUUAAAUCUGAACGUGUCCUUUCAGGCUUUCUUUUGGAAGAUGGUGUGUUUGCCUCAGGUGUGCACCUACAGAAGGAAAUCUGGCAUUGACUGAGUUGGUUCGAGUAAAGCAGGCUCGGGCUUUGAAGUGGUGGAGAUGUUAAGUCAAAAAAGAGAAGAAAGCUGACAAAACAUCUAUUUUCGAUCAGGGUUCUUCACUGAAGAACAGAUGGACCAAACGUUUCUAUUGAGAAAUGACUGCAAAGUUGACUUCUUUUGGAGCUCAGCUGUAGCCCUCGUUUUCUGUUUUGCUUCUGGCCAUUUCAGGAAAGCACUUGUCCUUGUGAGGAAGAGAUAUUUUCCUUGUCCCUACCUUAUUUUGUGUCACAAGGGUGAAUGUAGUUUGUGAUGGAAAUCCUUGCACUAUUCCUUUUGCAAGAUGUCACUGCACUAUUUUUUUUUACCUGAUCAUGCAUUUCCAUGUUCCAUUUCUAGUUCAGAGACCGAAGUACACAAGCUCAUAACAGGGUGGUGGAAGAAAGGAAAAACAUGUGUCCUGCUGUCUGAUCUUGGUUCUUCGUGGUACUACUGGAUUCAUUAAUUUCCUUUUCAAGCAUUGUAUUUUGUACUACAAACUUCUACCAAUUUUUCAGUUUCUACCAGACUGCAGGAGGAUUUCAGAGGGAUUUGAAAUUACUCAGUCACUGCUUCAAAUGAGUGUUGAGCUGGUCAAACAUUUCCAGAGGUGAAUCUUUUGCAUUUCAAGGACUUUUUUCCAUUGUUCAUGCAUCUUCUAGCCUCUUAUUCUCAUUAUGAAGCUUAUUUGCAAAGCCUUGCUGGCUGGACACCAGAGGGACCUCAGACUGCCGUGCAGGUGACAAAGGCAUGGGUUGCUGUUCCAAAAAUGUGAGUUUUUUCCUCCAGCGGUGCUGCCAUUGCUACAGAGCUGACUGCAUUUCAGCCAAUCACAAGUAGUGAUUCUUGUAUAGUUUCUCUCACCUGUUGCAUGCUGUCAGUGCACUCCUUGCAGUCGUACAAUGCAUCACUAGUAGGGAUGCUGGCAUCUCCACUUACAGCACCAAAUACUGAUCUGGUCUGUGUCUGCAGACCCUCAGUGGUAUCGCUCAGCUCUGUGCACGACUGCAAAGCACUGUCAUCCAUAAACACAUCAGAUCACUGUUAGUCUCGUUCAUUAAGCAAUUAACGACCUGUAGAAGAUGAUCAUUCAGGGAUUUUAGCCCUCCUGACACUGGUGUCUGGUUGACGACACCAACAGAUGCUGUUUAUAGUCGAGUUGAUAAUCUCUCUCUUUCCAGCUCGUUAUUAUUAUCAUCCAAAUGAUAAUCUUUUUGCUUCUGUGACCCAAACAGAAUCCCCCCCGCCACCGUUUUAGCAGCUAACAUCUACAAUGGGGGCAACUGAUCCAGCGUGGGAGUUAAAUAUAACCGUGCCUAGUGUAAGGAGAAGAGUGAAUGGGAAAUGGUUGGCAUUCCUUCUUCCUGAAGGCACGGCGAGAGAGGGAGCGGGCGAGAGCCGUGCACACACGCAGCCACACAGCCGCACAGACGCGCGGCCGGCGAGGAAGAGGAAGCGAGCAGGAGGCAGAGCGGAGCCCGCAGCUCGCCGUGCCCGCGGCUGGCAGCAGCAUGCCCACCCUCCGCAUGGCCACCUGGGGACUGUACCUGCAGCUUCUCUCCUGCUGGGCUUUCUCUCACAGCCCCUACGCUGACAAUGCCUUCUCACUCUCAGCAGAUCUCCCUUGCUUGGAACAGAAGCAGCAGCCUCCCCACAGAGCGUGCUGCUUCCUCAUCCCGCCGCCGCCGCCCAUGUUCCCGCCACCGCGCCUCAGGCACGACUGGAGCUCUAGGCUGCUUGAUCUGGACAUGAAGGAGUUGUGUCAAGAGCUCCAGACAACACAGGCCUUCUCUCUGCCUGAGUCACGUUGCCCUGCAGGGCCUCCUGGCCCCCAGGGUCCACAAGGAAUUCCUGGUAUAAUGGGACCAAAAGGGGAGAAAGGGGAGAUUGGCAGGCCGGGAAGAAAGGGUAGACCAGGUCCCCCGGGUGUCCCUGGGAUGCCAGGACCAAUAGGAUGGCCUGGACCUGUGGGACUGAAGGGUGAAAAGGGAGAUGUGGGUGUGAUGGGAUUGCCAGGUACCAGAGGACCAAUGGGCUCCAAGGGUUUUCCAGGAACUAGAGGAGAAAAGGGUUCCAGAGGGGACAGGGGUGACAAAGGAGUCAAAGGAGACCAGGGAGAAACAGGCUCCCCCGGAAUGCUGGGACAGAAAGGAGAGAUGGGCCCAAAGGGACAAUCUGGAGCACCAGGACACAGAGGACCUAUAGGAAGACCUGGAAAACGAGGCAAACAAGGGCAAAAGGGAGACAUUGGACCUGUGGGUAUCAUGGGCCCACCUGGAAGGCCUGGUCCUUCUGGCCAGCCAGGCCCCCCUGGACCUUCAGGAUUAGGGCAAUUUGCAAUAGGACCAAAAGGGGAAAGAGGACUUCCAGGACCUCCAGGAAGAUGCCACUGCAGACCCCCACAACAUGUGAAUAAUCCACCAUAUGAGGAGUCUGUGUUUGGACACAGGUAUCCAAAAGUCCCUGCGAUUUUUGUGGUGAAUAAUCAAGAAGAAUUGGACCGAUUACACACUGAAAAUGCCUUAGCUUUUAGAAGAGACCAGAGAUCUUUGUAUUUCAAGGAUACCUUUGGAUGGCUCCCAGUCCAGCUCACCCCUUUCUACCCUGUGGAUUACCGUGUUGAGGUUGGCAGUACGUGUGGAGAUGGGAUCGUUCAGGAUGGGGAAGAGUGUGAUGAUGGCAACACGGUCGUGACGGAUGACUGCAUAAGAUGUCGCCGUGCUUACUGCGGAGAUGGCUACAGACAUGAAGGGGUGGAAGACUGUGAUGGAAAGGAUUUUGGAUAUCUGACAUGUAAAACAUAUCUCCCUGGGUCUUAUGGAAAAUUGCGAUGCACUUCUUACUGCUACAUUGACUCUACACAGUGCCGAUACUUCACAUGAGGGGAGCAGAGAAGGGCAGCAUCCCACACGUCAUGGGGUGCGAGGUGCUAUGCUGUUGUCUAGCUGAAAAGGUCUGGGAUUUAAAAAAGAAAAAAAGAAGGAAAAAAGAAAAAGAAGAAAAAAGAAAAAAAGCCAUCUCUGUGAAAACAAACAGACUUCGUGCUUCUGAUGGCCAUGUUGAGAUGUUUGGCUUUUUUUUUUUUUUUUUUUAAAAUUAAUUAAGCCAGAUUCUGAAAAACUAGGACCACUGUAUCCUGUCUUAAUAGAUAAAGUGUUUGCCAGUAAGACUCGUGGGCUGUGUGUGGGGACUUCUCUGUCACAAAUGCUACAGGAAACCAAAUGCCACUAACCAGGAAUACUGUGUACAAGACAACAUUACCUCGGCUUAGCACUGUUCAGCCUAAAUUAAGUUCUUCAGGGUUUUUGUUUUUCAGCUUUUUCAGCAUAAAUACAAAGCAUGUGUUGGACACAGUGUUUAUGGAGACUUUCUCUUGUAUUACAAUGUGAACUUCCUUCAUGUUGUCUCCAGGGGGGUGUGAUGGUGGCUUCAGCAGCACUGUGGUUAGCUGCACACCUUUGUGGCUCAGAGAAGCAGGGGCCUUCCUGCAAAUGCUUUAAAGAUCAGCAGAUGAGGCAAAAAAAAAAACUCCAGGAAAAUGGUUGGCUAUCACACCAAGCCACAGGCCACGAAGGCCAAAGGGGACAACCAAAUGGUGAUGCAGCCAAGGUGCUCUCACUCCAAGGAGGACAUCAGGCUGGGAGCAAAGAUGCAGGAUGAGCUGAUUUCACUUUUCGCCUUUGCCAAGCCAGCUGCGUUCUGUGUGAGCCCAACAGGACUGCGGAAGUGCUGGGUCAGCAAGGCUGCCCACCUGGAACCUCAAUGCAGCCAGGCCUGCACUCUGGUCAUGGUGCUGGAAGGCCUUGUUCUUCUCUCAUGGUCUACCCAGACUCCAUCCUUGCACGUUGGCUGUACCCAUCCUGUGUACUGACUCCUCCGGCCUGCUCUCCUGCUCCUGUUGUGCUUGGAGCACGCUGCAAUGUGCCGCCUCACUUUUAUAUCCCUGUGACACCAAUCCUGGCCUAAUGUGCUUGUGGGUGCUCAUUCACGCUGUAUGAUGUACGUAUAUCUCUGUUUUUCAGGACAUUUGGUCAAUUCUGCUAGCUCUGAUAGGAGUCAGGGUAAUUACCUACUUAUUAGCACGCAUUCAAGAACAGAUUUCAUAGGGGGAGCAUAUUUAAUACUGUAUAUACGAAAGAGUUCAUAACAGAAGAAAAUGGUACAAAGAUGUGUGGAGUUCAGGACUAAGAGCUCAAACCAAGUGUGAUUUUUUUUUUUUUUUCAUGCAGGCCACUCUUUGCUGCUUUGCUGUAAAUGCUGUACUUGAAUGUUUCAAGUGUGUGAGUUGCUUGUCACAAUAGGAGCACCACAGCAGCUGCACUUACUUGGUUACCUCUUAAAGGUUGAAUAAAGGGUGGAUAAUGCAUUAAAGCAAGCAGGAAUAUAUGCAACUUCUACCACUUGUAUAGGAGACUUUAGCUCUGCAUGUCCAAAGUGAUACUGGAAAUCAUCAAUUAAAAGCUAAAUAAAAUUAAUGUAUUUUACUGCUAUUGCUUACCUGGGCUGCUUGUGCUGUGAAGCUCAACCACCAACAGCUGUAGCCUGUUUCAACAGUUCAAAGCCUUUCUUCUCAUUGCCUUAUUAUUGUUAUUAUUUUUUAUUUAAACAGAGGUCUUAAUAAAAGGUCAAAGAACCAAAGGGGUGAGGAACUUGCCAUAAGCUCUGGAAAUCUGUGCGCUAGAGUAGCUGCCUUGUAACAUCCCAUACUGGUGCAAAGGAAUGGGUUUCAGCUGGUGGGAUCCAGCACUUUCUCUCUGGAGUCCAUCUCCACUUGCAGACCCUGCAAGGCUGGAGCCCUUGAGAAAUUUGGAAGUCUCAGUGGCCUUUCACUUUCAGCUUUAAGUCCUGUUGUUUUUAAAAGCUCCUACCUCCAAAGGACAUUAUAAAGCCAAAGUGCACCAAGGGCAGGAAAAGAAAAACAAGUCAUGAUCUCACAUGUUAAAUUGUAGUGUGCUGCACAUAGAGAAGAAGUACAGCAUCAGCCUGGUCACAAAACGAAGCGUGGAUUUCAGAAGGACUGUAUUAAUACAGCAUAAAAGUUCAAUAUCUUAACAAAAAGAAAUGCAAG